AUGGCAUUCUCGUCGGUUAACGAUUUGACUGCUAGACUCGAAAAGUUGGAACAGAAUAUUACUUUGACACUACAGGAAAUUGACAAUAAUUUUUCCAUGUGUCAACAUAAAGUGACUACUAGAAUAUUACCACAAAUAUCGCGUUUCGCCGAAAUUUCAGAAGACAUUUGGGAAAAUUCAAAGUUAUGGUGGUCUUUUUUUGAAUCUUUAGAUUUAUCCACUUUAAAUGAUAACUCGUCACCACCUUCGACGGAUUAUAUCAAUUCCAAAAAAAAACUUGUUGAUGGUUUAUCAAAUUCAAAAGAGAAUAAGGCAGAUGAUGAAAUUUUUAUCGAUUCGACAAAGAAAGCUACUGACAUUUUAUUAGAAACAGGAAUUAACAAAUUAUCAGAAAAUUUUGAUAAUUCCAACAGCAAAAAGAAAUUUGAUGAAAUUUUAACAAACGCAGCGAAUAAUAAUAGUAAGACCACUAAUUCUAGCAUCUAUCCACCUUCUGCGAAAUAUCUUUCUAUCUCAUCGACUCCAUUACAAGAUCCACCAAAGUUGGAUCAUAAAUUAUUGCAAUCACCAGCUUGGGGUGAAAAAAUUCAAAAGAAGAAAGUUUCAGAAGACCUUUCUCAUGCCACUAACUCUACCUACAUAUCUAUGCCAGCUUUACCACCAUCUGAUCGUAAACCAAAUACGUUGAUAGAACGUGUGAUGCAAAGACAACAAAUACUGACUAGGCAAACACCUCUAAAACCUAUUAUAGAGAAUAAUAAAAAUUCAUAUAAUGGUGCAAAUUUUCGUCCAAGCUCCUAUUUUCCUGGUGGCCCACCGUCGUCUCGUGGUACCGACAGCGAUUUUGCCGAAUUUUCACCACCUGUCACAAUUCAAUUUUCAGUUGCACCUUCAAAAUUACUGAAAACGCCGGCAAAAGAGGCAGCAAAAAUCAUCGUUGAUGAUCUUAUAAGCAUAUUAAGUCCAGUCCCGCCAACACCAGUUAGUGUGGAUGAAGACGGAUACUGUACUGUUAAAUCUAAAACUUUUUCUAACGUGUUGGACUCAAAAAUCUUUCCAAAUUUUCAACCAGCUUCAAGAUAUGAACCUCAA